AUGACCAAUAUCCCGUACAUAUCAUCGGACUUUCAGCUUUAUCUAUUGGCACCGAUUGUAUUCCUUGUACUAUACCGUUGGCCACGGAUUGGUUUGGUGUGGAAUAUUGUGGUUAUACUGAUUGGCAUUUGCAUACCAUUGGCGCAAAGAUUAUUGUUUGGUGUCAAACAUUACUUUGAGUUUUCAUUUGACACUUUAUGGAGUACUCAAAACAGUAUUAUAUUGUAUUACUGGCGAUCGGAUUCACACAUUGUUAGCUAUGCUAUCGGUAUUCUUUGUGGUUAUCUGAUCCGCGCUAAGCCUAACCUAUACCUCGGCGGUCGAGUCGGCGAGACGUUUCUGUGGAUCAGUUGCACGACCAUUACAUUACUGUCCAUGUAUUGGAAUAAUUACUUCUUCGACCCAUACUAUCCGUUGAGUUUAACCGAAAUGCUAUUAUUUAUGGCAUUUUCUAAACCCCUGUAUCUAUUGGGUUGGGUUUGGAUGUUCUACGCCUGUGCCACAGGACGGGGAGCUAUUGGUUGGAAAGGAUUUAUCCCCACAUCUCGGCUAUCGUUUGAAUUGCAUACAAUGGUAAUAUUUUAUCGCGCGGGAACACUCAGGGAGAAUGUUGAUUACACUCUCUACUAUGUGACAACGGUUGCAAUCUUCCAAUGCGAUAACAAUGACGUGAAUUCAGUUGAUUUACCGGAAAAAUGUUCACUCAAUAGAUUAAUGAGUAAUAUGUUUGAGUCGUUGACUCCCGAAGACUGGGAACAGGAGAAGAACCGAUCGGUGAUCUACCAGAGAGUGGAUCACAUCAACCAAACCGUUGAUAAACUCAAUCGUCUAAAGAAUAUAACCGACAAAAUAAAACAAACUUAUGAACCAAUUGUGCAACGAUUGGGAAGUCUUAUGGAUACCCUUAUGAUACCGGAAUCGGGAAUUAUAUCGCAUAAAAAACCGCAUAUCGGGUACGACGAGUGCCUUCAGCUCCAAAGUCCGAAUGCACCCAAUAUUAAGGAGUUUAGCGGUCAGUACUGUUGGCUCGGGGCGCCUAAUAUAGCGCUCAAUGAACGCACAUUUGAUGAAUUGGGUACAUUGGUUAAUUGGACCGAGCUCAAUGAGCAAAUUAAAAAUAAUAGUGCGAGUUAUAUGCGUACCCAAGACAAUAAAACCGAACGUUUUAAACCACUAAAAGUUACUAGCACUUUUGCCAAUACAUUUACUACGGAUAUGCCAAUGGGUUUAUGUCUGCCCACAACAUGUCGGCCACAGGAUAUCGAGUUUGCCCUCAAUAAGCGUUAG